AACAUUGGCCGGUCCGCUCCCAGAGUCACCAUGGUACCCAUCAGCACAACUAUAACCAUGUGGCUCUAGGUAGCCCCACACGCACACCUAAGAAUGCAGAUAAAGAAGUCGAAGACUACUACACUCGUAAGCGCCACCUGCCCGACCUGGCAGCAAGAAGCACUCUUCCCCUUCAUGUUCUCAAAAUGAGUCAAGAACAGCACCGGGAACAACAGCAGAGCCAGCCCCCACAGUCCUCCAUCUCCCAGGCCCCUCCGCAGUCACAGUCCUCACAGCAGCAGUCUCAGCAGAGGCAGAGGCCCCGUCGUGUCCAGAGGGCUAUGUCCCAAGAUCGUGUCCUGUCCCCUCAAAGAGCCCCCCAGCAAGAUUAUACCAUGUCUUCUAACGGUGUUUCCCUGUAUGGAGGUAGGAUCCUGUCCGAUGAACAGCUCCUAUCUGCUGAACGUCUUCGAUCCCAGGAGCGUCUUCUUCCACAGGACCGCCACACCUCCCAAGAUCGCCUCUACUCCAAGGACCGUAUGUACUCCAAGGACAGACUCCUGUCACAGGAGCAUCUUUAUUCAAAAGACCGCCACUACUCCCAAGAUCGCCUCUAUUCACAAGAACGUCUAUACUCACAAGACCGCCUCCUGUCCCAGGAUCCUCUGCUCUCGCCAGAUAAGCUGAUGAGGUCGCUGAAGCGCGGCAUGGUCAGCAGCAUCUCUGGCGGGUUUUAUGGCAGUGACAAGUCAAUGUCACGGGCCAUCUCACACACAGACGUGUUCAUUCCAACUACGCCUCUAAUGGAUCGCUACAAGAUGACCAAAAUGCACUCCCAUCCCAGUGCCUCUAACAACAGCGGUGGUGGAGGCAGCGGAAGUGGGGUACAGGGAGCAGGCGGGAGUGGGCACUCCAACACCUUAGCCAUGAACCAGACAGCAAAUAAGAGGCAGGCAUUUGCCUCGAGACGGACUCACACUGUGGAACAACUCCACUACAUCCCACAGCACCACCAGCAGCAGCAACAACAGCCACAGCACUACCGCACAGGCAGCAAGACUGAGGUGACUGUGUAACUGUUCAGGAAUACUCACUGCUGAAUGCCAGGGGCUGAAUCUGAUUGACAAACAUUGGUAUACUGGCCUUCUUUUAGAGUAGGAUGGUGGCAAUUUUGCUUUCUUUGACCAAGGCUUCUGCCAAAUUAGAGAUUCCAGGACCAAGAACUUCCACUUACUUACUGUGAGAGACCGGGAAAACGAGCUACACUGUACAUUGCAUACACAGGCCCAGCCAGAUCUGAAGCCAGAGGAGGUUAUGGAUGGGGAAGGUGUAGUAUUAUCCUGCUAACUUGCCUACUAUUAUUUCCACUGUCUUGCCUAUCCUAUUCAUCCACAGGCUUUGGCCCCAUUCUGUGUAUGUUUUAGUGGGAAAGCACCAUUUGUGUCUGUUUAUGCCUUUAUCAGCCCCCUUUUGGCCAACAAAUCUAUUCUGUGACCUUUUCUGGCAAAUCUUAAAGGGCUUUGCAUGGUUAAACACACGAACCGAUUCCUACGUGACUUCUGUUGUGCGACAUAACACCACCACAGGUGAUGAACUGAGAGAAUGAGCCUGUAAUAACUUUAUAAAUAUAUAAAUAAAUGAAAAAAAGGAACCAUUUGUAUGCCCUGUCCUACUCAUAGUUGUAGAGAAUCUCAAUGAGAGAAAUUGAACUGGAUGUUAUCAGCACUCCUAUUUGGUGCCUCUGAUAGGUGUUCUAUUUCGAAAAAUGAAGUGGUUUUGUGGGUUACAAAGCACAAUCAAUGAAAAAAACAUGUUCUGUUUUGAUUAUUAAUUUUGAAUUUUAAUACUAAUGGCUAGCUUGUUUUGUUCUUAAAGCAAUGGCAUUUUUUUCUCUUCUUUUUCUUUUUUGUUUCCUCUUUUGCUUCCAGUAGAUGAUUGUAAAUAAGCUAUUCUAGAAGCAGUAUUAUGGACAAGUCUGUACUGGAUGGACUUUAUAUUAGACUGUCUGUUUUCAAUAGAUUCUUAAAAAACAACUAUAAACCAUUACUGUUUCGUGAGUUCAGAAUAGAAGCCCACUUAACCGAGUAUUUGACCGGAUAAAUUAAUACUAUACUGUGUGUGUCUUUGCAAAAACUGUUUGUAGGACGAAAAGUGAAUGAAUGUGUUAUUGAAAACUGAUAUACCACUGUUCAUAUUUGGAUGUAGACUGUGUUUCAUUGACUUCAGAAGACUUGAACAUCAUGGAAAUGGAAUAUAAUGCUUGUCAAAGUAGGGUCAA